CGGCUCCUCGGCGAUUGGCUCUUUGCCUCUCCGCCGGCCGCUUGACGCGCCGGCCCGGGCUUGUGUUCCCACGUGUGUUGCGGCCUGGAGGCGCCAGUGAGCCGGGGUUCGGCUUCCGCGGUCCGGUGGAGGGUGUCGCGGCGUCAGCAUGCCUCACAGAAAGAAAAAACCCUUCAUAGAGAAGAAGAAAGCUGUGUCUUUUCACUUGGUCCACCGGAGCCAGCGAGAUCCUUUAGCAGCGGAUGAGACGGCACCCCAGAGGGUGCUCUUGCCCACACAGAAAGUAAAUGACGAAGAAAGGCGAGCUGAGCAGAGGAAGUACGGUGUAUUCUUUGAUGAUGACUAUGACUACCUGCAACACCUGAAGGAACCAUCUGGGCCGGCAGAACUCAUUCCUAGCACUUCCUUCAGCGUGUACAACAGCAGGGAUGAGCAGGAAGAAACCUCAGUGAUUCCAAGCACUGGAAUUAAGUUGCCUUCAUCUGUAUUUGCAUCAGAGUUUGAGGAAGAUGUUGGAUUGUUAAAUAAAGCAGCUCCAGUUUCAGGGCCUCGACUGGAUUUUGAUCCUGACAUUGUUGCAGCUCUUGAUGAUGAUUUUGACUUUGAUGAUCCAGAUAAUCUCCUUGAAGAUGACUUUAUUCUUCAAGCCAAUAAGCCAACAGGAGAGGAAGAGGGAAUGGACAUACCAAAAUCUGAGCGUGAAGACAGUGAGUGGGAAGAUGUGAACGAUGAGGAAUGGAGUGGGAGCAGCAAUGACUGUGGUUCCGCAGGGCCACUGUCAGAUGGAGGUGACAUGUCUGUCCCUGGUUCCCCUCAUGAAGCCAUCAGAAAGCACUUGUUUUGGGAAGAGGAAACCAAAAGCCGCUUCACAGAGUAUUCUAUGACUUCUUCAGUCAUGCGGAGAAAUGAACAACUAACUCUUCAUGAUGAGCGGUUUGAGAAGUUUUAUGAACAGUAUGAUGAUGUUGAAAUUGGAGCUCUGGAUAAUGUGGAAUUGGAAGGUUCCAUUCAGGUAGACAGCAGUCGGCUACAGGAAGUCUUGAAUGACUACUACAAGGAGAAAGCAGAGAAUUGUGUAAAAUUGAACACUCUUGAACCUUUUGAGCAUCAAGAUUUGCCAGCGACUGCACUUGAUGAGUCUGAACAGGAAGAGAUUAUUACUGUAGUUCUUGAAGAAGCCAAAGAGAAGUGGGACUGCGAGUCCAUUUGCAGUACAUACUCAAAUUUAUACAACCAUCCACAGCUUAUCAAAUAUGAACCAAAGCCCAAACAAAUCCACCUAUCUUCUAAAACAGGAAUACCCCUAGAUGUCUUACCAAAGAAAGGACUGACAGCAAAGCAGGUUGAGCGAAUGCAAAUGAUCAAUGGCAGUGAUCUCCCCAAGGUGUCAACCCAGCCACGCUGUAAAAACGAAAGCAGAGAAGAUAAAAGAGCAAGAAAGCAAGCCAUAAAGGAGGAGCGCAAGGAACGGAGGGUGGAGAAGAAAGCUAACAAAUUAGCAUUCAAGCUGGAGAAAAGAAGACAAGAAAAGGAGCUGCUGAACCUGAAGAAGAAUGUGGAGGGCCUGAAGCUGUAGGCAGGCGAACAUGGGGAAAGGAGUCAAGUCCCUUUUAGACGGUCUUCGUUAUGUUCAGUAAUCAGCCAGCGUCUUCAGAGAGGGAAACUUGUCCCUGCCAUUCUUACAGGCAGAUACGAAGAGAAAAACAGUGUUUGUAUUAUUUUUUUACAAGCAAGCUUCUCUUCUCAGCUGUCUUGUAAAUACUGUAAUGUUUUAAGUUUAAUAUUAUAAACUUAUAUUUGCUGAAGUAAAUGACUUCAUGAAACCAAAAUGUUUGGAUCAAUAAAAGGAAAAUGUCUUCUUAGCUUGAA